AUGCCUCGACGCCGCCGCCCGUCGACCACGUCCACCAUCUCCUCUGGCGAUGGCGACGGCCUGGAGACCCGAGACUACCGCGACGAGAAUGAAGUCCUGAAGGCGGUUGCCAAGGACGCCAAUGAGGAGACCUUCCCGGUCUACCUCUUGGAAGACGUGACCGUCUACAGCAUGGACGGCAAGACCUUGGAGAGUUUGCUCGAAGUUACAAUCAAGGGCAAGCUCUUGGUCCGUGGACGGCUGGUCAUUCCGAAGGACGAACCCGAGAUCCAUCACUUGAAGAAGUCCGAGUACAAUGGCAAGUGGAUCACGUUUAUCACUCAGUCCUACUCCGUGGGCUGGGGACCGAGUACCAUCUGGGCUAUGGGCCAGCGCCGAUGGUUUGAGGUUAGGCCAUCUUCUCAGUACGAGCCCACAUACGCCAAGAUGAUGGAAGGCCUCUAUGUUUACUACCUUGUCACCGAGAUACAUGAGCAAUCGGGAAAAAAGUUCCAGAAGGGCCCCGUUGACGAGGUCUUUGCGAAGUACGCAGAUCUUGAGGGUGGCCACCUGUUGAAGGAGAACACACCUGCCAAAAUCAAGGCGCAUGCCGGUUUUCUCCUCCCGCAGAUGUUAAAGCUCGAUGACAAUGUUAACUGGAUCGGCACCUCGUUCUUCAAAUGGCUCGCAAAUGAGUGUCCAGACAUCCAUCGUACAACGCUUCAGAACUCUGGAAUUAUCCUACCUCCGUCUAAGCCAGAAAUCCCGAACACGUCUGGCACCCGCACAAGAAACAAUUCUACCCCUCCGGUGGCCGGUGCUACAGACUCUGGAAAGAUUAAGGAUUACGAGCGCCGUCAGAAAAUCACCGCUGGAGCUCCUUCAACCAUCGAAACAAUCCAUCGUCUCAUCCUUGAUCUUAAGGCAAAGAAAGCCGCCGAUAAGUUGUCGAUGGCUUCGGUUUGGACCGCACUCUAUCACGAUCUUCAACUUGAACAAUCCGAAGCGAAAGCGAUUGUCCGUUGCUACGCUAAGGAAAUAGUCGAUUUGCUGCCGAUAGGUGAAUGGAAGGGCAUCAAAUUAUACAAGCAGCUCGUAAAGCAAGCUGCGCUGUCUGACCUGCCUGACCCUUCCCCAGAGGAGCCCAACGACAAGGACAAUUCGGCAAAGGAUCACCAGUCGAAAGAGGAUCCCGACGUGAAGAAGGUCCCUGCGGAACAGUGUCGACUGGCACGUCAAAUGGUCCUUAAGCCGCGCAAUAAAGUCAUCGACAGGAAGAGACCUGUCAGCAAGAAGAGAACCAAUUCUGGUCUUGAUGGUCCAAGCAAUACAUCCUCUUCAUUGACAACACCUGAACCUCUCAAAUCCCAGUCCCUAGCGGCUAAGACCUCCGUUCAGCGCAGCGGAAAGAAUCCGGGACUGCGCCCAACUGGGGUCAGCUCCAAUACUGGAAAUGAAAUGACUGACGCUAGUUCUGCUCCGUCGGGCAAGCUUCCAAAUGCUGUUCUUGGCAAUGGUGGUCGUGCAAAGAAGAGAAAGCUCUUAGAGCCGGAGAUGGGUGAUGUGAGCGACGAUGAAGAUGAAGCCAUGUGGGGAGCAAUGGACAGCCUCUUCGUAUCUGAUCAUGAAGAAGGCACCCACGCCCAGUCAAAGCUGAAUCUUGAACUCACUUCCGUCAUGCUUCCUAGCACGGAGGCGACUGGACCGAAUGGAAGCUGGGUCUGUCCCAAGGAGGGUUGCAGCACGAUUAUCCGUGAUACCGAGGGCGAGGACGCCAAGGAAGAGAUCGGUGAGCACCAAGCUUCUCACAUCAACAUGGCCGACUUGCAGUACCUUGUCCAGAGCGAAAGCCGUGGCAGUGGACUGGAGAGCAACUACCUCCUUGCACACCUUCGCAAGAUCGGCGAGCGCGCUCGUUUGGAGGAGGCUGCUAUGAAGGAUGGAGCUCUCGAGACGGUCGAGCCCAUCAAGCGUGCCAAUAUUUGA